AUGGCUGCCAGUGGCUUGGAUCCUGGAAAGGUUCAUGGCCAACGUCCCUCUGCAGACUCUACGCGACAUCAGGACGAUAUCGAAGCCAUUGGUGCAAGCACGGCUGGCGAAAAUUCAGACAAGACAUGCGAUGAACCGGCUCCUAAUCACAACACCCCAUACCGCGCUCAAUCUACGGUUUCAUCUACUCGUUCCCGCCCACUAUCUAUCGUACCGCGCUCCCAGAGACGUGGUCUCUUUGGCCGUUUCGCCAUUAUACCCGAAGUCGAUCGCCCGUACGACUAUAGUAGCUCUACGAAAUGGGGGAUUACGACCGUCAUCUCUCUGGCAACAGCCGUAGCACCCAUGGGUUCAUCCAUCUUCUACCCUGCCCUCGGUGCUCUGGCUGCCGAGCUUAAGACGUCCGAGACCGUCAUCAACAUGUCCGUCGCUUUGUACAUGCUCUCCAUGGCCAUCUUCCCCAUUUGGUGGUCCGCCUUUUCCGAGCAGUUUGGUCGCCGCAGCAUCUACGUCAUCUCCUUCGCCCUCUUCAUCGUCUUCUCCGUCCUCUGUGCCGUAAGCACCAAUUCGGCCAUGCUUAUCGUUUUCCGUCUCUUGACCGGCGGCGCCUCGGCCAGUGUGCAGGUGAUUGGUGCGGGUACCAUUGCCGAUAUUUGGGAAUCGCAGGACCGAGGUCGUGCCAUGAGCCUCUUCUAUCUGGGGCCUAUGCUCGGGCCCUUGCUCGGUCCGCUCCUUGGUGGCGUUUUGACGCAGCACUUGGGUUGGAGAUCAACCAUGUGGUUUCUUGCCAUUUAUGGCUUGAUCAUUAUCGUGGGCAUAUUCUUCCUGCUUCCGGAGACGCUGGCCCGUAAGAACAUGCCUGCCACGACGCGGGAGCUCACACACACGACGACUCGAGAGUCCGUCGUGGUCAAGAGCAGGAAGCUCGCGACGUCUCUCAACCACUACCUCAUCGAGCCUUUGAGCGUCCUCGCUCUCCUACGCUUCCCGCCUGUCUUUUUCACGGUAUUAGUUGCCGCGAUCGCCUUCAGUUCCGUCUACGUCCUCAACAUAGCCAUCCAAUACGGUUUUGCUCGCCCUCCGUACAACUUCAACCAAACUGCCGUAGGAGUGACAUACAUGUCAACCGGAGCAGGCUAUAUCGCUUCCUCAAUGGUCGGGGGUCGCUGGAUGGACAAGAUAAUGGCAAGAGAGGCUCGCAAGGCCGAGAGAUACGAUGAGCUGGGGAAGCUUAUAUACCUACCAGAGGAUCGGAUGAAGGAGAACGCCUGGUUCGCCAAUACCGUGUAUCCUUUAUCGUUGCUUUGGUUCGGAUGGUCCAUGUACUAUGGAGUGCAAUAUAUGGUACCCAUCAGCGCGCUUUUCGUCUUUGGGUUCUCCUCGAUGCUCCACUUUACGCUCGGCACAACCAUGCUCACGGAGUUUGUCCGCAAACGUAGUUCUGCUGGCAUCGCCGUCAACAACUUCGUCCGAAACAUCUUGAGCUGUGUAGGGACUAUAGUUGCCGCACCAUGGAUCGAGGGUGUGGGCGUAGGCUACAUGACGACAACUCUAUGGGCGAUUUGCUCACUGUUAGGGUUCCUGAGUAUUUGGCUCAUCAGUAGGAACGCGCAGAAGUGGAGAACGGAGAUGGAUGAGGCGCUGAAGAAGAUGAAGUGA